AUGGCAGAAGAAACGUCAGCCUCUGAUUCCCCUAUGGCAGAUCUGACUUGCAUGACUGGUAACAAAACAUGUACCAGUUUAGGAGCAGUUGGGAGUGCUUCAGGAGUCAUGCUUUGUGAUAUUUGCUGCAGUGAACCUGGUUUCUGGCGAGAUUGUUGUUGUAUUCUUUGUUGUAAGACCGUAAGUUCAUCUUAUGGUGGGUAUAGUUAUAUUAGGUGCCAAGCAUUACUAAAUGGUUAUGCUUGUGGUCAUGUUGCCCAUUUAAACUGUGGUCUCCGGGCUUAUAUGGCUGGUACAGUUGGGGGGACUAUUGGUUUGGAUGCAGAGUACUAUUGCAGGCGCUGUGAUUCAAGGUUGGAUCUUGUUUCACAUGUCAGAAAACUUCUAAAGACCUGUGAAUCUAUCGACUCUCGGGAUGACAUUGAAAUGAUUCUGAGUGUUGGAGAGGAGAUGAAGUUGUGUAAGAGGAUGGCCAGUGUUGAACUUCUUAAAUUGACCUUGCUUUUUGUCUUGGAAAUCGCACGGACAGACAGAUCGGCGAACCUAACAGCUAAAUCUAACUUUAUACAUUUUAGUGGUCAAAAUCAGACUUUUAAUAGUUGA